UCCUACAAAUUUCUUGGUUCCUUCCUCAACUUCUAAUUUUAUGAUUCCUUUUUAUUAAAAUCCGUCUUUUUUCUCCAGCAUAAAUACUUUACCUCCGCAACACCUUUCACAGAGGCAAAAUUCAAUUGAAGACUGUCUUAUAGUUUUGACAUACACGCAACUUGGCUGGCAAUGGCUUCCACAAGCACUCAAAUGGCAUCUGAUUCUUCUCCUUCCAACCUUGGUUGGACUCAUGACGUGUUCUUGAGUUUUAGAGGGGAAGACACCCGUUACAGUUUCACUGAUCACUUACAUAAUGCUUUGGUUGGAAAAGGCAUUAUAACUUUCAGAGAUGACAAACUUAAGAGAGGAGAAAAAAUUGCGCCAGAGCUUCUAAAUGCUAUUGAAAAAUCAAGAUCUUCCAUUGUUGUUUUCUCAAAAACUUACGCUCAUUCAAGGUGGUGCCUAGACGAGCUUGCAAAGAUCAUGGAGUGCAGCCGGAAAUAUGGGCAAAUAGUAUUGCCAAUUUUCUACCAUGUGGAUCCAUCGGAUGUACGUAAACAAACAGGGAGGUUUGGAGAAGCAUUCACCAGGUAUGAAGAAAAUUGGAAGAACAAGGUACAAAGUUGGAAGGAGGCCUUGACUGAAACAGGCAAUAUUUCUGGAUGGCAUGUAAAAGAGGGGAAUAUUGUUCGUGAACAACAUCCCAAAGACCAUAGCAAAUAGAGCAGAUUAUGGAAUCCAAAUGAUAUCUAUUGUGCAUUUAUAAGUGAAGAGGGGAUGGAAAAUGUUGAAACCAUUUCUCUAGACUUGUCUAGAUCAAAAGAAAAAUGGUUCACUACAAAUAUAUUUGCCCAGAUGAAGAAAGUGUUUGCCAAGAUGAAGAAACUUAGGUUGCUCAAAGUCUAUUAUAGUCUUGGCGAUGAGCAUAAAAUGUCUCUUCCUAAAGACUUUGAAUUUCCUCCUAAUUUAAACUAUCUUCAUUGGGAAGGUUUAGUGUCUUUGCCUUCAAAUUUUCAUGGAGAGAAACUUGUUGCAAUCAACUUGAAAUCUAGCAACAUAAGAGAACUUUUGAAAGAGGAGAAGUGUUUUGCAGAAUUGAAGUUCAUUGAUCUAAGUAACUCACAAUGGCUCAUCAAAAUACCGAAAUUCUCAAGGAUGCCAAAAUUGGAGAAACUUAAUCUUGAAGGUUGUGUAAGCUUCAGCAAACUUCAUUCAUCUAUUGGCACAUUUUCUGAGAUGAAAUUUUUGAGAGAGCUUAAUUUUAGCGAGAGUGGAAUUAGAGAACUCCCAAGCAGCAUUGGGUCCUUGAUAUCUCUUGAAACUCUUGAUCUCUCAAAGUGUUCAAAGUUUGAGAAAUUCCCUGAUAUUUUCUUUGUGAAUAUGAGACAUUUACAGAGUCUUUGGUUAUCUCAUAGUGCUAUUAAAGAACUCCCAACCAGCAUUGAGUGCUUAGAGGCUCUUGAAAUGCUGUUUCUUGAUAAUUGCUCAAAUUUUGAGAAGUUCCCUGAGAUCCAAAAGAAUAUGGAAAAUCUGUGGGAACUUUUUCUAGAUGGUACUCCUAUUAAAGAAUUAUCUUGCUUGAUAGGUCAUCUUCCCCGACUUCGAUACUUACAUUUGAGAAAUUGCAAAAACUUGAGGAGUGUUCCCAGCAUUUUACAGUUGAAAUCCCUGGAACUCUGCGAUCUCAAUGAUUGUUCAAAUCUAGAGAUUUUUUCGGAGAUCAUAGAGGAUAUGGAACAUUCAAAAGGCCUUUCUUUACGUGAAUCAGCUAUAGCAGAGCUGCCAUCAUCAAUUAGGUUGGAGUUGAGCAAUUGUGAGAACCUUGAGACUCUUCCAAACAGCAUUGGUAAUUUGACGUGUGUUAGUGAACUUGUUGUUCGUAACUGUCCAAAGCUCCACAAAUUGCCUGACAGUCUGAGAAGCAUGCAGUUAAAACAACUAGAUGUAAGUGGUUGCAAUCUAAUGGCAGGAGCAAUCCCCGAUGAUUUAUGGUGCUUGUUCUCAUUGGAAUGGUUAAAUGUGAGUGGAAACAACAUUGAUUGCAUACCUGGUGACAUCAUUCGUCUUUCUCGGUUGCAUACCCUUAUCAUGAGACACUGCUUGAUGCUUCAAGAAAUUCCAGAGCUUCCAUCAAGUCUAAGAUGGAUAGACGCACGUGGUUGUCCACUCCUGGAAACUUUAUCAAGUGAUGCAAAGCAUCCACUCUGGUCCUCUCUUCCCAACUGCUUAAAAUCACACAUUCAGGAUUAUUUUGAAUGCCCACCAUACUGGAAGUACUACCGUGAAACUAGAGUUGUUAUUCCAGGAAGUAGAGGAAUACCAGAGUGGAUAAGUCAUAAGAGUAUGGGAGAUGAAAUAACAAUAGAUCUCCCAAAGAAUUGGUAUGAAGAUAACAACUUCUUGGGAUUUGCUUUAUUCUGUCAUCAUGUUCCAGUUGAUGAUAUAUGCAAGACAUUAUAUUUUCCUAUUGUUGCAUUUGAUACUCUUCAAUUGUUGAUAUCCGAUGGUGAUCAAUUUGGACACGUGGAGAUGAUAGAGUUUAUUCCGUAUUGUAGUCCAGACAUGAAGAAUAGAACAUUUGCAGAUCCAGGAUUGAUGGUGGUCUAUUUCCCUCAGAUUGCCAUUUCAAGUGAGUAUCGAUCCAAUAGGUGGAACAAGUUUAAGACUAGAUUUUCGACCCCUCUGUAUUGCGCCUAUGCAGAUUUGAAAGUGAAAAGUUGUGGGAUCCAUCUCAUAUAUGACCAUGGCCAAGAUCACCCUCAACAGAGCCUUCAACUAUUCAAUGUCAAAAAGAAGCCAUGAUGAUACAGAGGAUCACCCACAUCUCUAGUUUCCAGCUCCCUCCGCCAAGGUACAUCUUUUCUCUUUUUCAUUUGCUUAAGGUUAAAAUAUUUAUUAGAAUUAGUGAAAAAGAAGUAUCCAGACAACUUCUAAUAUUCAUUUACUUAAGGUUAAAUGACCUCUUUUUUCUUUUCUUUUUUUCCUUUUCAAGCUUUGAUUUUACUAUACCAAAAUAAAAAACUUCCUUUUUAAAAAAUAUGUGAGUAUUUAUUCUGCCUUAUCUUUAAAAUAAAUUAUUGAAUUUAGAACCACGAA